AUGUCUAAUUGCGUGAUUCAGGGGUCGCAAACUGAGCAAAUCAGUCUCGAGCCACUGCCGGAAAGUGAGUGUUCGGAGACAGCCCCAGCAGAUUUACUAGAUGUCUUUCCCGCAUUGGAGAAGUGGAACUUUCCACGCAUAAACAUCUAUCGCUGUUUUGCGACGUUUUGGAGCUUGCUAGUCAUGGGAGCCAAUGAUGCUGCAUACGGUCUCGAAAAAUAUUAUAAACUGUCCUAUACAAUUGUCUCUUUAAUCUUUCUAUCGCCACUGUUUGGCUAUACUCUCGCCGCAUUCAUCAACCAGCGCGUCCAUAUGACCCUCGGUCAACGUGGCGUGGCAUUUAUUGGCCCAGCAUGCCAUCUGAUCGCAUUCGUUGUGAACUGCCUACAUCCGCCAUAUCCCGUGCUCGUAAUCUCCUUUGUCUUUGCAGGGUUUGGCAAUGGCUUGCAAGACGCUGCAUGGAAUGCUUAUGUUGGCAACAUGGCUAAUGCAAAUGAGCUGCUAGGUAUUCUUCAUGGAGUCUAUGGAAUGGGCGCUGUCAUUUCUCCUCUGAUUGCUACAUCUAUGAUCACGAGAGCUGACCUGCCCUGGUACUAUUUCUACUACUUGAUGGUGAGCUUUGCAGCCAUAGAGACUGUUGCCUGUGGUACAACCUUUUGGAAAGCCACAGGUGCAGCCUUCAGGGCUACAAUCCUGCGCUCGAAUACGGAUAACGGAAAGAGUAGUCUCAGAGAAGCGCUCUGGCAACGCCCAUCCGCGCGAGUCACUUGGAUAUGCUCUUUAUUCCUGUUGGGCUAUGUUGGAGUAGAGGUAGCUCUCGGAGGUUGGAUUGUCACCUUCAUGCUGCGCGAAAGGCAUGGUAGUUCAUUUGCCAGCGGAAUGACAGCUACAGGCUUUUGGCUAGGUAUAACAGUUGGACGAAUAAUCCUCGGAUUCAUCACACCAAGGCUAGGAGAGAAAGUGGCGGUCGGGGCAUAUAUUCUUUGCUCUAUGGCAUUUGGACUUGUCCUUUGGCUAGUCCCUGCAUUCUACGCUUCAGCUAUUGCUGUCUCACUACAAGGAUUCUUUCUUGGACCUCUUUUCCCUGGAGCUAUCGUAGUAAUGACAAAGCUCCUUCCUAGGGACUUACAUGUCCGGUCAAUUGGGUUUGCCGCUGCCUUGGGAGGAUCUGGAGCGGCAGUGUUUCCAUUUGCAGUCGGUGCAUUGGCACAGGCCAAGGGUGUGAAAGUCUUGCAGCCAUUCAUUAUUGCUUUGUCGGCCACUAUCUUCCUCGUGUGGAUCUGUUUACCGAGGAUGUCAAAAGCACAGAGUAAAUAA